AAAACAACAAAUCACUAGGAAAAAACUAAUGAUUUUCUGUUUGUUUUCUGUUGGCGUUUGUCUAAUUCACGAAGAACCCUUAAACCGUUACAAGGUGGAAACUAACCUCGAAAAAAUCGCCAGCUCCAAGCGAAUCACAUUAAAAAUUGAAGAGCAACAAACAUUUUUGUGCAACAAUAAAUUGCAUAAAUAAAAUGAAUGUCGCCUGAUUAUCCAUCAAUUCGAGAUUGCACUUUUCCACGCUUCGCUUGAUGACAUCCAAGCAAUUUGUAAUCUUCAUUUUAUUGCUGAUACCAUGGCCACCCUCAAAUGUUAUCAAGUUACUCUGCUCGCGAGAUAACAGCCGUCUGGUCCGCAAGAUAGUACGCUCCAAGUGGACGCCCAUAUUGGAUAAGCAUCAGGUAAAGCUGCCCUUGGACUGUCCGCUGCAUCCGCUGCGAGAUGUGUUUGCGCCGCGCCAGGAUGAGAAGCAGCGGGAUCGACCCACUCAGUGGACAUGCCGACGUUGUGGCAAGAGCUUCUAUCAGGAAAAGUUUCUCGAUUUGCACUUUGAUACGCGCCACAAGCACAUCAUCAAUGAGGCGGAGGACUCCGUUUGCCUGGCCGACUUUUGCGAUAUAAUGCGCUGUGAGGUAUUCCAAACGGAGGAUGCUUCGAGCUUAAAGUUUGGCGAUCAGCACAUCGUCACCGAUAUCGAAGUUUGGGGUGAUUCAUUGGGUCAGAACUCCGCACUGGCCAAAGCGAAUGCCGCAUACUUGAGUCUAAUACCAAGAACUUCCACAUUGAGUGCCACGCGUGCAGCCAAAGUACAAAAUCGUCAAUUACUCCAAGAGAAGCCAAGCCAAAGCAAGGAACAGUCCUCCACAGAAGCCGGCAACGCGGCAGCUGGCGAGGAAGGUUCAGCAUCUAAGCCCAAAUCCGCGGGCGAGAAGCUGCUAAUGAAGCUUAAGGAGCUGGGACAGGCGCAUCUAAAGCGACCCGAUGUACAAUCCGAACCGGAGUCGGAAACCAAGCGCAACAACGAAACGGAGGAGGUGGACCAUAGUGGCGAUGUGGAGGGCAGCGGCGAGCAGCCGGAUGCCGAAAAAUCGGCAGAUGCUGUUGGCCAGACGAAGGUGCGAGCCAAUUGCAAGCCAGAGGAGCUGAGCAAGCUGAAAGCACGCUGUGAGUUCCUACUUAGAAGUUGCAUUGGUGGUCUGCUGCUGGUGAUGCCGGAUCCGGCAUUCAAGGAGAUGGAGGAGGAGAUGAACAAGGCGGUCUGCUGGUACCUAACCUGUGAUCGGUACUGGGAGGAUGGCCCACUGGAACCACGUGCCUUUCCCUGGGGUCUCAUUGUCAUACUGAUCUUUGUGCUAUCGACUGGGAUCUGUUUCUGCUACUACAUCAUUUGGAUACUGUUUGACUCCGAAGAAACGACAAUCAAUGCCAAUCAUUAUGCCGGCGCCGGAACCGGAGGCAGCAUCUACAUGCCAGCACCACCGCACCACUACCAGCUCGACUAUGCCACACAGCAGCAGCUGGACGCCGGCGCGAUACCUGCCCAACAACAGCAACAGUUCUACUACCAACAGCAGCAGCAGCAACAGCAACAGCUGCAGCAGGCAGCAGCAGCGGCAUCAGCUCGAGAUUUGUAUCCAGAACAGGUUCAAUAUCAUCGCCACAGUCCGCGACACUACAUCGCCGAUCAGCAUCCAGCGGGGGCGUCGUUGUCGGGAAUAACAACAGCAGCAGCGGUGCUGGGCACGCCCACAAUCUCAUCCAGCGGCGUCCGGCAAGCGGGAGCGUCCUCAUCCAACGCCAACACGCCACUGCACCAUCGUCACUCGACGAGCCUGGCCUACCCACAGGACAUUUUAGACCGACGCGACUAUACAAGUAAUGCGGGACGCCCCAUUGCCACAAGCGUGGUGAGCAGCAAUGUUAGCACUGGUGGUGUUGUGGCUGGUGGUGGUGGUGCUGAUCAGCGACACUAUAACACACAUCCCCGGCCGCUGGAGACGCGACAUCGUCAUGUGGGCGCAUCGCAGCAAUCAUUGCGAGCCUCCAGCUCCACGCACGAGAUUGUGCAGAGCGAUGCGACUCAUGGCCAGAAUGAGCACUACAUAUAUGUCACGUAUCCGCCGGAUCUGAAGAAGCGCUAUUUCGACAAGUACGAGUAGCAACAAGUUGCAGUUAGACCAAAGAACAGAGGCACAGAGACGAAUGAGAGAGAAGUGCGCGAGUGCGCAGUGUAAGCAAACACUAAAUGAGGUCCUUGUUGGAGGAGCAAGCGACUGGCGAAAGAACCUAUACCCAGUUGGUUUUUUACUUUAGCCUGCAAAUUCUAGAUUUGUGAACUGUGCUGUAUUUUUGAAUUCUACAAAACGAAAAGAAAACAAACAACAACAAAACGAAUAAAAUGCAAUAUAUAUUGCUGUAU